AUGAGAUGGAAAAUAUUGACAGGUUCUGGUGUGCUCAGUGCGGCCAUCUGUAGCUGUACCGCUAAAACGUUGCUGGCUGCAACUGAUCCCAACGUCCGUGAAGAUGUAUCACCUAGUCAGACUACGGAACAUACGUUGACAUUGAAACAAGCACAGGUCUUCUUCAGACACGGAGCUCGAACAACUAUACACACCAUCCCCAAGUUAAAGGAGGCUUGCUAUGAUGAAAGGGUUCUUCGGCAUCAACUUCCACACACCAUGUUUGACCUGGACAUGGUUGACCUUGAAACAGGAGGACCUAAGCAAAACUCCAAACUUGAUGAGCACUAUGCGAAAAAGAAAUUAUGGGGAGGAUGUGAAGCAGGACAGCUAACCACUCUAGGACAACAGCAGUGUUUCACACUGGGAUUAAACCUCAGGGACGAAUACAUAUACAAAGCAAAGCUCAUCUCCGAAGAUUAUGAUCCUAGCACAGUGUUUGGUCGGUCCACAAACAUCAAGAGAACUAUAGAAAGUUUACGUUGUGUCAUGGCUGGGAUGUUUGGUGCUCAAAAUCUUCGUAAAAUUGCUCCUGUGAAAAUUUAUAUAUCUGCCUCUAAGAAAGAAGUUUUGUUUCCCAAUCUUGCACAGUGUCAUGUACUAGAACAGAACAAUCACUCAGUAUUGUUCCACAUCGCAGAUAAGCCUGAAUACAAACCAAACAGACUUAAGUUAGAAAAAGUGUUUGGUGUGAAUUUUAAAGAUCAUGUAGGAUUAAGUUUUGUGGGAAUUCGUGAUGAUUUAGUAGCACGAAAGACACAUGGUUUUCCUGUACCCGACUUCGUCCUGCCUUUCUGGGAUAUGAUAGAAGUCAUGGCUAGCAAGAUGAUGUAUGCUUCGUUUUGUGGGCAGCACAAAGCAGAGCGUCCUACCAUCAUGAAACUGUCCACAGGGCCAUUGAUGACCAUGGUGCUGGAUAAUAUACAGGACAUGGAAGAAAAUAAAAGGGAUGCUAAGAAACUGUUCCUGUUUGCUACGCAUGACUCUACUAUGGUCGGAAUUCUAGGACUUCUGGAUAUAUGGGAUAAUGAAUGGCCGCCGUUCUCAGUUGACAUUAGAUUUGAAUUAUAUGAAAAUCAAAACAAAGAAAAGUUUAUACAAGUGAUUUAUAAAGGAAAGGCAAGGAAAGUGCGAGGCUGUGACUCAACAUUGUGUUCAUUAGAACAGUUCAGAAAAGCCAUGAAGCCGUACAUGAUUCGUGAGAAAGAGUUUCUUUCCAUCUGUAACUCUGAUAUAUUAGAACAGAUAGACAAAGAAAUCAAAGAAGAAGAAAAAGGCGAAAUCCAGACAGAAGAAGUUCGGGAACAAUCAGAGACUCCAGCAGGAAUGUGACCACUGGAUGGCUAGAGAAUAUUUUCAAUUUGUCUUUCAUUAGAGAUUAGAGACAUGUCUGGUCAUUGAAUCUGUCUUUGGUGUGUCCUGGAACGUUUACAGAGAAUUCAGGACCAACAACUCUUUAUAUCUAGUCACAUUGUACACUCGUGAAUUGUCACACCAAUCAUCCAAUUAUGUAGCUGAUGUUCAUUCUUUUAAACUUUUUAUUACAAAUUCACUUUAGAGUUUCUGUUGGUAU